GCUGACUGUCUUCCCACAUGCUAUGUAUGCCAUGUUGCUUUGCAGCUCGGCUUUGGAUCAUUCCUUGGAAUCAUCGGAUCAAACCUAAUUGAGAACAAACGGCAAAUGCUGGUGGCUUCUAUCGUGUUUAUCAGCUUUGGUGUGAUUGCAGCUUUUUGUUGUGCCAUAGUUGACGGGGUCUUUGCUGCCAGACACAUUGAUCUGAAACCACUCUAUGCUAACCGGUGCCACUAUGUCCCCAAGACAUCCCAGAAAGAAGCUGAGGAGGUCAUAAGUUCCUCAGCCAAAAAUUCUCCUUCUGCGAGGGUUAUGAGGAACCUUACCCAGGCAGCUAGAGAGGUGAACUGCCCUCACCUCAGCCGUGGGUUCUGCACACCUCGCAUCCGGGGCAACACCUGCUUCUGCUGUGACCUCUACAACUGUGGCAACCGGGUGGAGAUCACCGGUGGGUACUAUGAAUACAUCGAUGUCAGCAGCUGUCAGGACAUCAUCCACCUCUACCACCUGCUCUGGUCUGCCACCAUCCUCAACAUUGUCGGCCUGUUCCUGGGCAUCAUCACUGCCGCUGUCCUUGGAGGCUUUAAGGACAUGAACCCAACUCUCCCGGCACUGAACUGCUCUGUUGAAAACACCCAUCCAACUGUUUCUUAUUAUGCUCGUCCCCAAGUGGCAUCCUACAAUACAUACUACCAUAGCCCUCCUCACCUACCACCAUAUUCUGCUUAUGACUUUCAGCAUUCCAGCGUCUUUCCAUCCUCCCCACCCUCUGGACUUUCUGAUGAGCCCCAGUCUGCCUCCCCUUCGCCCAGCUACAUGUGGUCCUCGAGUGCACCACCCCGGUAUUCUCCACCCUACUAUCCCCCUUUUGAAAAGCCACCACCCUACAGUCCCUAAAGAGAAAUGACAGCUGGCUACUGAGAUUAUUGUGGCUUUUGUAUUUCUGCUUUAGUGGAAGUAUAUAGGGUAUAAAACUUUUAAGUGUGACUCAUGCAUAGUUUUCCAG